AGAAAGUUUUAGUGUCACAGUUCCAGUUCUAUCCACAGAGAAGAGAGACAAGCUUUAUCCUAAGACAACACUAGCAGCAACAUAAUGGCUUCUAUGGGGCUCCAAGUCUUGGGCAUUGCCCUAUCCAUCAUUGGGUGGCUUGGGAGCUUGGUUUGCUGUGCACUACCAAUGUGGAGGGUGACUGCCUUCAUUGGUAACAACAUUGUGGUGGCUCAAAUCAUCUGGGAAGGUUUGUGGAUGAACUGUGUGGUACAGAGCACUGGGCAGAUGCAAUGCAAGGUCUACGAUUCUAUGCUGGCCCUUCCACAGGAUCUACAAGCGGCUCGAGCUCUCAUGAUCAUUGCUAUAGUUGUGGCCAUACUGGGAGUCAUGAUGGCAAUUAUUGGAGGAAAGUGCACAAACUGUGUGGAGGAUGAAUCUUCAAAGGCCAAGAUCAUGAUUGUCGCUGGCAUCAUCUUUAUUGUGGCUGGUAUUCUCACCCUGAUCCCUGUGUCUUGGUCUGCCAACAACAUCAUCCGAGACUUCUACAACCCAUUGGUGACAGAAGCACAGAAGAGAGAGUUGGGUGCAUCUCUGUAUAUAGGCUGGGCAGCUGCUGCACUGCUUUUAUUAGGUGGAGCGUUACUCUGCUGCAACUGUCCACCAAAGGAUCAGAAACCAUAUUCUGCCAAAUACUCUCAAGCACGCUCUGGACCAGCCAGUAAUUAUGUCUGAUAAGUCACAUAAAGAACAUUUGCUGAUUUACUCUCCUUACCUUACCCCUCAGCUAUAGAGAAAGACAAGGACACAUGACCCUUGAACUUAGCAACCUCAACAAUCUGUUCAUUUUUUUUUUCAUGUGACAGUCAUAUAUGUUUUGUCAUCUCUGGUUGUAUGCUUGUCCCACACUUCUGAUAUGGAGACGCUCUUUGAACAAUCUGUCACAAUAUUAACUGUUCUUACCUUUCAGCAAAGGUUGCAUCAAUGUCACAAGAAUGGACAAGAAAGAAUCAUCAACCAUGCCCAGCAGAGGUCUCUAUUUAGGGAAUGUGGUGGGAUUAAAAUGAACUAUGGGAAGCAUUACUAUAGUACUGGGAAGGGUGGGUUUGGAGAAUUUGGAGGGGGAGUAUUAAAAUAUAUCUUUGUGAUACAAAGAGUUACUUAAAAAUGUUAUUUAGUUACAGGAUUGUAGUCUGGGGUCUACAGUUUUAUAGAAUGUGAUGAUUCUGUCUGACCCCUUGUGGUCAGUUUGUCAUACCAGCAGAAAAGUCAGUGGAUGGAGAAAUGUAAUUUACAAGCUGUUGAAACUCAGGGAUAGACUAUGGGCCAGCAGAGAAAGCAAUACAAAAAAAAACUUGUUGGAAGAGGAAAGAGGACACUUGUAUUUUUAUAUUCUAGUUUAACAAUUUACUAUUUUAUUUGAGGACAAGGGAAUUCUGAUGAGAAAUUAUCUCUUCAGUAUCCCCUUUUUCAUAAUUAUACAUACAUAUCUACACAUGAAUGUGUAUUAUACAAAAUAACAAACACAAUUUAGAUUUUAAGUGAUAUUAUAAAUUGACUAUCUGCCCAUUUUUGAUCUGUAAUUCACUGUAUAUAUAUAUCUUUAAGUAUUUUUUUUAAACAUAUACACAUAAAACAAUAUAUAUGUUUAACUUUCCUUUUAUUCUAGUCAUAAAUAAGUAGGUACAACCAAUAUGUCACCCUUAAGUCCUAAAAACCUGCUGGACAACAUUUUUGUAAGAGCUGAACCGUGCAAAUGCUAUUAGUGUAAUCCCUUUGUAUGGACCUGCAAGUUAUGUACGGUAAUCUCCCAUCAACUAAAGAAGUGCAGGAUUUCAAUAACUAACAUUCCUUUUGCAUAUCUAAAACCCUUAUGAUAUAUGGUUCCUGUACUAGCAGAGAUGUGCAGAUUCUAAAAGGUGAUAGUGUUACACGUUCUUCUACAGGCUAUAACCUGAUAUGAAUGUGCACACCCAUAAAGUAUAAUUGGUAUCUUACAUUAUUUAAAGCAAACGGGUCAAUAAUGUGCUUGUUGUUUAAGGCGCUUAAAUUUGUAUGACUCUUUAUCAUAACUGUUAAUGUUGUUCUUAAUGUCAAAUGUUAUUUUCUACAAUAAAAUGUUAAAAUUCA